UGGUAGUGUCUAUCUCAAGAAUUUGCGGUGAUGGUUACGGUGAUGAUAGCGAUGACGGUGAGUUGCUUGAUUUUGUAGUUUUCCUGCUAUUUAUUGGUAUUUUGCAUGAGUAAAAGAAUGAGUUUUUGGUUGAUUUUCUAAAUUCAUCUGUAGUGAGUUAUUUCAUUUGCUAUGCUUGUUCAGAUUUUUAGUUUUUGGUUUCAUCUGUAGUGGUUUUUUUUGUGGGUUUUGGGUUUUUUUUUUGUGGUUUUUGGUUUGCAACACUACAGCUGAAACUAUAAGGAUUCUACGAUACAAUCCUAUUAGAUUUUUAUCGAUUGGUGCAUUUUUAAUAUGCCAUUUUUUUGCUUUUCGGUUAUCGAAUUUCUUAGUUUGGUGAGGGAAUUGAGGCAAAAAUUUGGUGAUGAUACUGCGAUUUGUCUUUGUUACCUUGUUCAUAACCCUGAGAUACUUGCAUUUCUGAUAAAUUCGGUGAAGCUGUUGUCGCUAACUUCUGUUUGUCCUGUGACUGAGAAACAAGGCCAAGGCCAAGCAAAUUUCUCUCUGGAAUCUCUCAGUUCAGGUUUGAAUUUUGAUUUUAUAUUUAUAGUACAUUUGAAAUUUAGCUCGGUUUCAGGUGUAUUCAUAUGCUCUAUUCGUAUAACUUUAGCAUUAUGGAUUCAUAGUAACAUUAUGUAUACUUGAAACUUGAAGUUUUUAUGCACCUUGCUCUCAUCCUUAGCUCUUCUUGCUGAAUCUUUGCCUGUUGAGUCCGCUGAGGAACAAUCGUCUCUUCUAGCUAGUCAGUGGAGCAAAAAUUGGUGUCCUGUUUCUGGCAUUCUUCUCAACACAAGUUUCUUUACACUUGAUAAGCUAAGCCUAUGUAAGGCAAAAGCUAAGAAGCUCUACAGGUCAAAGAACACUUGUAUGAGGCCCGAAAUAAAUUGGUAAAACCUAGUUGGUUGAAUGAUGAAGUGUGGUCUAAGUUCUUGAUAUUAUGGGAUACUCCUGAAUAUAAGGCGAAGAGGGAACGAGGAAAGGAAAAUUGAGCCUCUGAAAUGGGUAGCUCACUGCACACCAGAAGUUCAAUGAGUUUUGCUACUCACCAAAGAAGAUUGGAGGGAUUUCAAAAAAGCAUUGAAGAUUGGCUUCAAACUAAACCUGCUUUAGAUAAUGGUACUAUAGUCCAACCAUCGCCUGCUGAUAUGACUAGAAUAUGGACAACUGUGGUAGGUAGUCCAAAGAAGGGUAAAACCUACGGGCUUGGAGUUAACCAAUCCUCGGGUCAUUCUUCCCCAAUGUUGCCCAACUCCGCUUCUAUUUUGCGAAAUGCGAAAGAAAUGGAAGCGGUGAGAAAAACAAUUGAAGAGUUGACGCAACACUGUGCAUUUAGGGAUGCCAAAUUUUCCAAGUUUGAGGCGUUAGUCAAGAAGCAUAUGCCGCAAGUAUUUGAGGAUAGGGAAGAUAGUGAAUCAGAUGGUUAGAUUAUAUUGUAGUGGUUGGUUCUUGUUUAUGAUUGUGACAUUUAGACUUAAACUAUUACAAUUGGUGUUUGUUUUGGA